AUGAAGAAGGCAGCAAUGAAAAAAAAGAGAGAAGACGUACCUCACUCGGUGAUGAUAGAUUGCAACAGCGACGCUGCUGCUGGUGCUUCGCUAGCGGUGGUGGAGGCUGAUCAGCAGGCUGUGUGUUGGGGUUUCCAGCAAGAUGAAGAUCAUUUCAUGAGUUUCCCAGAAAUUUUUGAAACGAACCCUAAAGUUCUUGAUAAGCUGGAGGAGAUUUACAGGCCUUUCUACCCUCAUUUGAUUCCAAAUUCAACUCAAACCAUCAUUACAACUUCCCUACCAGUCCCUCCAGAUGUUGACGAACCAGAUGAGAAACCAAAAAGGCAAUCUUUUUCUGGAAAUAAAGAUUCAAACAAACCUAAAAGAUUCAGGAAGAACAAGGAGAAUACAGUGGUGCAGCAUGUAACAGCUGAUGAGCUUCCAUCGGAUGUGUGGGCUUGGAGAAAAUAUGGGCAAAAACCCAUCAAAGGGUCACCAUUUCCAAGGAGCUAUUAUAGGUGCAGUAGCUCAAAAGGAUGUUUGGCAAGGAAGCAAGUAGAGCGUAGCUGUUCGAAUCCUCGAGUUUUUAUUAUAACCUACACAGGCGCCGAGCACUGCCAUGACCACUCUACUCGGCGGAGCUCGCUGACCGGGAGCACUCGCAACGAGUCGUUAACGGCGGGCAGCAAAAAUGAGUGUGUGGAACAAAGGAGGGUACAAAUGGAGGAAUUUGAUGGUGAAGAAGGGGCCAAAAUUCUCACUAGGGAUGACGAUGAAUUAGCUCAAAGGUUAGAGAAUUUGGAUGAAGGUGUGUUUUUAGAGCAGUUUCAUGAAAUAUGGUGUCCAUGAAUGAACAUCUUAUAGUGUUAGGCAUAAUAUUAAUCCAUUCCAUGUAAUGAUCUUUGGAAUUGC